AGCGUAGCAAAUGUGUGAUCAUCAAUCAGCGAUACAAUGUUGAUCACAAUGAAAUUUAUUGGCACACUCAGUAUCGGAUUAUUCUUUCACAUGUUUUUGCCGACAUUGUGGCAGAAUAAUCAGAGUAAUUGAAGCGGAAUGCGGCAGAAGCUCCGCCCAUUUGUAUGCUCCGCCCAUUUUGCUGCACUUGCAUGAAAAUUCAUCUCACAAAUCGUGUUCUAGUCAUUCUAGAUUGAUUUUCAAAUCAGAUUUCAAAGUAAUAUUGUCUGAAUGAACCUUGAAAGAUCAUUGAUGCGAUUUCGAGCGUGAUCGAGACACAUAACAACACCAGAAAGUCUAUUGACUCUUAUUAUCAUCACGUCUGAUGCUCUCGCCAUGCUUGCUGCAGAUUUAAAUUGAUCCUAAUGAAGAGAACUCUUUUUUUCUGCUGAAAAACUAGUAGUUUUCCGAAGUUAUUGUGCCUGAGUGCUCGCGUCUUAUCUCAAUCUCUUGCCAUUCUCUCGCCAUGUGACUGAGACGGGAGAGCAAGACAGAGUCUGAGAUUCUUAGCACACGCACGCACACAUAGAGAAAAAGGUCGCCCAAGAAUAGAACAUUUUCGGAAUCUGUGGAACGUGUUAAAAGAAGUCGUGAAAAAGUCAUCCCCUCUCGGAACUCCUUCCACACACACCGCGUCCUCACUCUCUCCCGUGCCACACAUGCGCUCUUCGCGCACAAGAAUCAUCCCAUGUCGUGACGUCACGCGGCACCGGUCGCCGUCGUCCCUUCUGAGACGGUCCGCCACGGGACGAAGUGACACGUGAAGUUACCUUUCAGCACUGCCGAGAUAUGAGCAUUUCUCCAUCAUUCCAACCAAAAGACACCUCAAGUGGGCAAUCAGUUGAGUGAAGAAGGCAUGAGAAAGUGUUGAGUGCAGACAAGGAAGCAGAGACAUUUUUCCGCGGAGAAAAGGACAUCAGGGACAUCAUGACGAAUCUCACGCAUUUACUGGAGGAGGUGGACGGAUACCUCCACUACCUGGGCGGACCGGCCGGGGCCAUCGCUCUGACGGGCAUCGCGGCGGCGUCAGCCUACUACUUCGCCUCGAGGCCAUCACCUGAAACACCACUAGUGCCUCUCGACAAUCAGAGCCCUAUUCUGGAGGGUCCGGAGCAGAUUCACGUGUCCAAGUUCUACAAGGAGUCGAAGACGGGCAAGUUCGUCAGCUACAUCACGGAGGACGCCACGACGCUGUACGAGACGUUCAGGAAGGGCGUGUACGCGUCCAACAACGGACCCUGUCUGGGCUGGCGGGAGAACCUCGCGUCGCCCUAUCAGUGGAUCAACUUCAAUGAGACGCUGCUGCGCGCCAAGAACUUCGGCUCGGGCCUGAUCUCGCUGGGCCUGCAGCCGCACAAUCUCGUGGGCAUCUACUCGCAGAACCGGCCGGAGUGGAUCCUGCUGGAGCAGGGCGCCUACUGCUACAGCCUGGUCAUCGUGCCGCUGUAUGACACGCUGGGUCCGGACGCGUGCGCCUUCAUCAUCAAGCAGACGGACAUGGCCGUGGUGGUGGUGGAGGACGACAAGAAGGCCAACCUGCUGCUGGACAAGAGCCCGCGGACGCUGCGCAAGAUCGUGGCCAUCAAGCCCAUGCGGCCGGCGACACAGCAGAGGGCGCGCAACCGCGGCAUCGACAUCUUCUCCUUCGACGAGGUGGAGAAGAUGGGCGCCCAGCGGGCGCACGCCGAAGUGCCGCCGCAGCCCCAGGACCUCUGCACGGUGUGCUACACCUCGGGCACCACCGGCAAUCCCAAGGGCGUCAUGCUCACGCACCAGAACGUGGUGGCGGGUGUGUGCGCUGUGCUCCUGCAACUCGGUGACCAUCGACCACGGGUGGGAGACGUGAUGCUCUCUUUCCUGCCGCUGGCGCACAUGCUGGAGCGAUGCUGCGAGAAUGGCGUUUACUACUCAGGCGGAGCCGUUGGCUUCUACUCUGGCGACAUCCGGGAGUUGAACAAUGACCUGAAGGCCCUGCGGCCCACGGUGAUGCCGGCCGUGCCGCGACUCCUCAAUCGCGUAUACGACAAAAUUCAGAACGAAAUUGGGCAGUCUGGCCUCAAGAAGAUGAUCUUCAACAUGGCGCUCAGGUCCAAGGAGGCGGAUCUCAAGCGCGGCAUCCUGCGGCGGAACAGCGUGUGGGACAAGCUGGUGUUCAAGAAGGUGCAGGAAGCAUUCGGCGGGAAUCUCAGGCUCAUGGUUGUUGGGUCAGCGCCAUUGGCGGGAAACGUCCUCACCUUCAUUCGUUGCGCCCUGGGUUGCGUGGUGUGCGAGGGCUACGGCCAGACGGAGUGCACGGCCCCCGUGACGCUGACAGUGCAGGGGGACUUCGUGCCGGAGCACGUGGGUCCGCCGGUGGCGUGCAACUGCAUCAAGCUGGUGGACGCGCCGGAGAUGGAGUACUAUGCGCACGAGAGCCAGGGCGAGGUGUGCGUGAAGGGCACGAACGUGUUCGUGGGCUACUACAAGGAGCCCGAGAAGACGGAGGAGGUGAUCGACGAGGACGGGUGGCACCACACCGGCGACAUCGGGAUGUGGCUCCCGAACGGCACGCUGAAGAUCAUCGAUAGGCGGAAGCACAUCUUCAAGCUCAGCCAGGGGGAGUACAUUGUGCCUGAGAAGAUUGAAAAUAUCUACUUGCGAAGUCAGUACGUGGAGCAAGUGUUUGUCUAUGGAGAGAGUCUCAAGAGCUGCAUUGUUGCUGUUGUAGUGCCUGAUGUGGACGUUCUCAAGUGCUGGGCUCAGGAAAACAACAUCCCAGGCACCUUGAGUGUCCUCUGCAAUAAUCCCAAGAUUAAGGAGCUCAUCUUCAAUGAUAUGCUGACGUGGGGACGCGAAGGUGGACUCAAGUCAUUCGAACAGGUGAAGGAUAUUUACCUUCAUCCGGAUCCCUUCUCUGUCCAGAAUGGCCUCUUGACGCCGACCUUCAAGUCAAAACGUCCGGAACUUAAGAGCUACUUCAAGCCACAACUGGAGGAUAUGUACAAACAAUUAGUCUAAUAUCACACUUUUCAUUCACUGAAAUUCUCAAUGAGCGGAAAAUGCAAAAGUUGUUUGAGAGAAAAAAAAAGUCACAUUACUGGACGAAAAUUUGAAUAAAAAAAAAAAGAA